AUGCUGAGGAGAACUGAGGCGGCUCUCAUUGGGGAUGAGGAAGGAAGCCGAGUCUUUACAGUGACAUCCCACAAGGGAACCCGCUUUUGGCACGCAGGUAGCCCAGCUGUGGACUCCUCUGGGAUCUGCUUUGGCUGUAGAAAUCACCUUGCCAGGUCAUUCCCUUCUUGGGCAACUCUUCUAUGGAAACUGAGUAUUGCAGCUUAUAAAAUGCUGGCUCAGUGGGAGCACAGCGCCCCCAGCAGUGGGCGGGCGGGGGGCGUUUCUGUUCUCCAGCGAAGGGUGUUUGCUGGGGAGCAGGGGGCCGGCUCCUCCCCCCCCCGCCCCCCUCCUGUCCGGCGGUCUCCUCGCGGGCGGAGGGCGGGGGGUCGGCCUUGUUUCUGCCUGGCUCGGGGCUGCACGGCGGGCUCUCCUUGUCCCUCCAAGGCCUCUUCGCUCAUCCUAAGCCUAGUGACUGAACACCCCGGGCAGCUGGGUUUCAGCGGCGCCCCUCGGGGGUGGCCACGCCCAGGCUCCAGAAAAUGUGAGCACGAAAGCUGGGAACGUGACCCUCCGCUGGGCGCUGGGCGACGGGCAGCGCCAACCUCUUCAGUAUUUGGAGCUGCCCUGCCCGUUAGCUCGUCCUAUGCUCGCGUGCCCACGACUGAAGGGCGAACAGGCAGCCGGGAAGGUUUAAGGGAAGACCCGGAAGGUAAGAAAAAAGAAAAAUGGAACAGGAAAACAAUGAACAUCUCAAGGACCUCCCAGGCGCCCUGCAGUAUGUCACCUCAUUUUACACGGCAGGAAGCAUUUCAGAAAGAUCAGCAGCUAAAAGGCUGGCAGCUCACUGCCAUAUUAACGAGAAGGAAAGCGGCGGGGGAGUUUAAGACGCGAAUACCUGCUGUUUUGAGACACCUAAUUAGAAAACAACGUCAUAGUGAAUUAGUAGGGCAAGUCACUAGCUCCGCCAGAGCUAAAAUAAAUGGGCCGCCAGAGGAAUCACAAAGCAAGGUCUAUUAUUGUCCCCAUGGAUCUGGAGAUUCCAGGCACAAGUCACAGUUGUGAUGGGGACUGGGCCUGCAUUUUUAGUAUCAUGCUAAACAGAAGCCCUUCUCAACACACCUGCCGGGUCGCUGCACAGAAUCCUAUGGCAGUCGGAAAUGCUCGUGUCACUUGAACUUGUCCAGAUGUAAUGAGAAACAUCAAGCCUCCAAAACAAAACCCUUUGAUAAGCUCUCGGCAAGAAGAGACUAUUCUUUCAUAGAAAAUGCUUAUGUAGAUGAUCUCUUACAAAGAAAUAGUUAUCUUUCAACUUGCUGAGAUGUUUCAUAGAGAGGAAUUAUAGGUGAUCAGCUGUUUCUAGUUGGGGGUCUCAGAAACCCACCCUUACCAAGACAAUGAGUGUUGGCAUGCUGUGUUCAUUCCAUCUCUCACUUUUCCAUUCCUUCAGCCAUAGGAGUUGAGGGUCAUGUCACAAUGAGAGGAGAAAAGGCAAUGCAACACUGCAAGUAAGGGAUACUAUAUACCUUUAAGGGACAGAGCUGUUAGGGAGCAACCCAGUGGCAAAGGUUAGAAACUAUGCAAAUAAUGGCAGCCUAGAUUUGGGCUAGGAUGAUCCUUGAAUGCUAGUGAGCUUGAUAUUUACUGUGCCAUCAGUUUUGAGCCUAGGCAUGUGUAUUCUCAGAUGAGUGGUAUACAAGACAGAGCAGAGGCAAGGAGACCAAUCAGGAAGUGAGUGUGGUCACCAUCCUUGGUUGAGCAGACCCUUGCAACCUCGCAGCAUUUCCUCCUCCCUCUGAGCACCCAGGCUACCCCUUUACCUUGUGGUUUACAACUGUUCUUUACUAUGUCACAAACAAACUUCUACUGUAAAAAACCAGUGAACGUUUCCUCAGGCUUAGCUUAUAAAACCUUUCUUUUCCACUUGCAUGGUUAGAUACUAACUCUGGCUGGAAAUUUCUCUAAAAUACAAUUGCCUGCUGAUUUAUUUCAAGCUGUUGCUCUGAUACAGGCUUUUCAUCUAUCUGCCCAUCAGUACAUAUUGGUGUUCAUAAGACUUUAACAUGAGAUGCGCCUUGGGAAAUGUCUUGCUUAUUUACAACUUCUAAAGCUAAAGUUCUUCAUAGAAAAUCUAUUGAUAUUAAACAGAAACUCAAAAUGUGAAACUUUAUGGAGGAAAUUUUAUCACUACAUUGGUGUCAGCAUUAUAUUUUAAUGAAUUUAUCUCUUUCUGAAAUGAAGAUCCAGGUUCAGAUAGAUAAGAUCCCUUUCACCUUAACUGUGUUACAGCUGUGCCAAUUUGUAUCCACAAUCAGACUAGUGGCAUUGACUGGUUGAGAUGAGAGAUAAAGACAUUAUCUAGUUUGGAUAGGUUCUUGCUGAAGUCUUUUAAAUUACCCUCCCUGGUCCAAAA